AUGACGGCGACGGGAGACCAAUUGGUUCCACGCGAAGAACGGGUCCUGCUCGCCGUCAGGGCCUAUCAGCAGGGCCAAUUCGAAAGUACCCGCAAGGCAGCGGCCGCAUACGACGUCCCUCAAUCGACAGUAUCUGAUCGGCUGCGCGGUGUCAUUCGCCGACGCGACGCUCAGGUGAACAACCUAAAGUUGACGGCGACGGAAGAGACUGCCCUGGUACAAUGGAUCUUGUCGAUGGACGAGCGAGGAAUGCCGCCGACAGUGGCUUACACUCGUCGGAUGGCCAACUUAUUGCUUUCCGAGCGAGGCAAAGAUCCUGUCGGGGAGAACUGGGUGCGGAAGUUUGUUGGCCGCCACGGCGAAAUCAAGGCAAAGUACUCUCGCCGAUACGAUUAUCAACGCGCCAAAUGCGAAGACCCCCAAAAGAUCCAAGGAUGGUACGAUCGAGUCGCGGCGACGAAACAGAAAUGGGGGAUUCUUGACGAGGAUGUCUAUAACUUUGAUGAGACGGGGUUGUCACACAUAGGAUAUCAGCCUCCAACAGUCUGA